AUGAAUCCAGAGAACGAUGGAAUUAUCACCUGCAAAAUCGAUCAGCAUCCAGUAGACUUCUUGAUCGAUUCAGGAGCAGCAAUCAACACGAUUACUGAACAAGUUUGGGAGAGACUUGUGAAUGUCAAUGCAACUCUGUUCAAAAAAAGAUUCCACUGUGACCGAAAGUAUCUGGCUUACGCUACCCAAGAACCAUUGCAGGUAUUGGUAAUAUUCGAAGCAUGGAUUUCGAUAAAUGAAUCCAAACCGAAGAGUUACGCCGAAUUUUUUGUCAUUGAAGGGUCCCAAAAAUCACUACUAAGUAAAAGAACGGCAGAAGAUCUAAAGGUGUUGAAAGUCGGGCUUGAGGUACAGCAUAUUUCAGCUAAAAGUGAAUCAUUCCCAAAAUUCCCCAACGUUCAGGUGAAGUUGUCGAUAGAUAAAAGGGUACCGCCGAGAAAAAUCGCAUACUUACGAAUUCCUGUGGCUAUGGAAAAGAAGGUCGAUCAAAAAUUAUUGGAAAUGUUGAACGGUGAUGUUAUUGAACCGGUCGUAGGUCCCUCGGAAUGGAUAUCACCAAUGGUUGUAGUACCCAAGGGCAAAGAUGAUAUUAGGCUGUGUAUCAACAUGAAAUACCCCAAUGAAGCAAUAAAACGUGAGCAUUAUCCUCUCCCGAUGAUUGAUACAUUCUUGAAUAAACUCAGAGGGUCUACCGUCUUCUCAAAGCUUGACAUAACUUCGGCAUUUUACCACAUUGAAUUACACCCAGACUCUCGAGAUAUCACUACAUUCAUGACGAGCCGGGGCUUAAUGAGAUUCAAACGGCUCAUGUUCGGAAUCAAUUGUGCCCCGGAGAUAUUUCAGCGGGUGAUGACCGAGAUGUUAGUCGGAAUCGAGGGCGUUGUGGUGUAUAUCGACGAUGUUGUAGUGGCUGGAAGCUCAAAAGGAGAACACGACGCCCGUCUCCAGCAAGUACUGGCUGUUCUCAACAAAAACUGUGCCACUUUGAACAAAGCCAAGUGUCUUAUUGGAGUAACCGAACUAGAGAUCUUGGGUUUCAAUGUAAGCGCAGCGGGUGUAUGUCCUUCUGAUGAGAAGAUCUCAGCCAUUCGUAAUUUCCGUAGGCCAGAAACUAAAGAAGAAGUGCGGAGUUUCUUGGGACUGGUCAAUUUUGUUGGCCAGUUUAUUCCAGAUUUGUCAACGAGAUCUGAACCAUUGCGGCAAUUCAUGAGAGGGGAUGUUGAAAUCUUUGGGAAAGAUCAACAAAGAGCCUUCGAUGAUCUUCGAAACGAGCUCUCUAAAACCGUCCACAGACUAGGAUUCUACGACCCAAAUGAUAUGACAGAGCUGUACGUUGACGCUUCUCCCGUGGGCCUUGGGGCAGUGCUCACUCAGCGAAAUGGUGAACAGAUUCCGAGGAUUAUAAGUUUUGCUUCGAAGGGAUUAACAAAAACCGAAAGAGUGUAUCCCCAAACUCAACGUGAAGCGUUGGCAGUUGUAUGGGCCGUCGAGAAAUUCUACCCAUACUUGUUCGGCAUCCAGUUCACAGUGUUUACCGAUCAUAAAACAUUAGAAUAUAUCUACGGAGGGAAACACCAACAAGGAAAACGUGCAUGCUCAAGGGCCGAAGGAUGGGCAUUACGGCUCCAGCCAUACGAUUUCCGCGUAGAACACAUUCCUGGUUGCAAAAACAUUUCAGACGUUCUCUCGAGAUUGAUGGUACACCCUGAUGCAUCUUCAGACACACCCUUCGACGAAGCUACUGAGCAUUACCUUUACGCAGUUGGAGAGGGACCGACGGCAAUUUCUCUGCAAGAGAUAAAAAAGGGAACUGAGCAGGAUAAGGUUCUUAAAGCUGUGAUAAAAGCAAUAUACGAUCAGAAAUGGCCAUCCGAACUUUUUCGCUAUCAAGCGUUUCAUGAUGAACUGGGAAUAUUCGAGGGAAUUAUUGUCCGGAAUGAUAGGAUCGUCCUCCCGUCAAGCCUUAGAAAGAGAGCAUUGGCGAUUGCUCAUAGGGGACACCCAGGAGUAGUUACCAUGCGCCAAAAUCUGCGAGAAAAAGUUUGGUGGCCACAUAUGGAUCGGGAUGUCGGGGACCAUGUUCAAGAAUGUGCUGGGUGCGCUGCAGUUAGUUCACAAGGUCCACCGGAACCAAUGCUUCGCAAGAAAAUGCCAGAUCGUGCCUGGCAAGACAUAGCAAUUGAUUUUUUUUCGGCCAAGGAAUGUGCCACAUUCCUUGUAACUGUGGAUUAUUACAGUCGCUUUCUGAGGAUAACCGAGAUGAAGGGAACGAACGCUGCGAAAACUAUCCAUGCUCUCGAAGCAAUUUUCCGGGAGCACACAUACCCAGAAACCAUUCGGAGUGACAACGGGCCCCCGUUUUCCAGUGAGGAAUUUUCGAAUUACUGUGAAUCUAAAAACAUUCGACUGAUUCGUACAAUUCCCUAUUGGCCACAGAUGAAUGGUCUGGUGGAAAGACAAAACCAGGGUAUUUUGCGUACCCUGCGUAUUGCGAAAGCCAUCAAUACAGACUGGCGCAAAGCCAUCCAAGAUUAUGUAUAUUCAUACAACACGACGCCCCACUCCGUGACCGGAAAAUCACCAAUGGAAUUGAUGACCAGUAGACCGGUUAAGGAUCUACUGCCGUCUUUGCGGACUGAACCAUAUUGGCGCCGAGAUGAAGAAACCCGUGAUAACGAUGCGAUAAGGAAGAUGCAAGGGAAAAUCUAUGCGGACCAGCGAAGACACGCUAGAACAUCAGACAUCAAUGUUGGAGACAAAGUCAUGCUGAAAAAUCACGAAACUGGAAAGCUGGAGCCUAAAUUCAAACUCGACAAAUUCACUGUAGUCAAGAGAAGUGGCAAUGAUGUGGUCGUUACAAAUGACGAGGGCGUUCUAUAUCAUAGACCGGUGUCUCACCUGAGGAAAUGGCCUUUGGAAAAAGAAGUUCUACUAGAGGAAGCUACUUCAGCAGACGAUUAUCAUCUCACCCUUCACUCAGAUGAUACCAGGGAAAAAGGAGAAAGGACGAGCAACCUAACUACAAAUACAAAUUUACAACAUCAUACGGUAUUUUCUAGAGUACGUUCCUCAGCUACAACGAGCAAAAGUGACGAAGACGGAACAAACGAAAGCAGCGUCGCAAAGCGCCCCAAACGUGACAGAAAAAUGCCAACAAAAUAUAAUUCAUAG